AUGAAUAAGCACUUUUCUGCAGGUUCACGACAUGACGAGACCAAAGAUUCAAGAAAAUUAAUGGGAAUCCUUAAAGGAUCAGAAACAAUUGACAAUAAUAAUAAGCCUUUGAUGGGCAGAACCAGGAUAUUGGUACUCUGUGAAAAUGGAGAACGAAAAGAAGUUGUAGUUGACAUUGUGCAAGUAAAAAAGAAAGCAAAGGGUGAAACUGAAGCAGCACGAUCUUCAAAAAAUGUGAAAGAUUCAGAAGAUGGUAACUUUCGAAGGAGUUUCUCACAAAAAAUGGAUAAUCUUUUUAGAGUCGCAAAAAGAGCAAGAACGAAAAAGGAUAAUAAGGACGAAGAUAAAUCACGAUCAACCAAUAACAAAGUAAAGACAUCUGUAAGCAAGGCCAUAGGGUCCACUAGCAAAUCUGCGAGUUUAUCUGUUCCCAAAAAGAGCAUGUCAAGUGGGCCCACCAGUCGUCCCAGCAGCCCAGAAGGUAGUAAUAAGUAUAAUCAUACAGUGAGAAAAUAUGCAUCUACAACAUCAAUUCGUAGCCGACCAAAUACACCGGAUACUUAUAGACAAAAUACGUCGCCUUCUAUUCGUUCACGAACACCUGAUGAGUCCAAACCCGGAAAGCAACUCCCACAACGUAAAAAUUUUAUAUAUAUUGGUGUUCCUGGUAAUAUCAGUUGUCCAACAACGGUAAUUCGGGAAACGAACCAUAGCGUAUUUCGUAUUCAUAAUCCGACCAAUAAACCAGUUACUUGGCAUCUUACUACUGCAACAAAUCCUUUUCUGCGUCGUUCCGACACAACCAAUUCAGCCCAAAAAAUAAAUGAUGAAGUCUUCUUGAUAAUGAAAACGAGUGGAUUACUUCGAGCAGGUCAAACCGAAAGAGUCGAUAUAAGCUUUCGUCCUAUUUUCAUUGGCACAUAUUCACAAAGUUUUAUGUUAGAGGAUUCGAUUAGCUCGGAAGGUUCUGGUGGAUUGGGCGGUGUUAGUGUUCGCGUUCAAGGCGAAGGAAGAGCGGAUGUAUCUAGUCAAAUAAAGGUUGAUACAAAAAAAAGUGGAUCGAGAACGAUGGACUUUGAAGUUUCCGAAUCUGAAAUUCAAAUUCCUGCUACCAGAAUUGGUAAACGUAGAUCAGUUGGAAUUAAUAUAAAUAAUCCCUCAAAUCAACUCGUAAGGAUAAAGUGCAAAUGUGAAGUAAUGGGAAAUAUCUCAGGCUCAAUUCCCAAUUUGUCAAUACCUUUGUCAAGUGUUCAAAUAAAACCGCAUGCAUCUGUUACCUUACCGGUACGUUUUCAACCAAGAGAAGUGGGUGAAGUUCGGGCUGUUGUCAAGUUACAAGCUAUCGGUAGAGCAGAGGUUUUGGUGGAUAUUAUUGCGAAAGGUGUGCAAGAUACACCUGAGACAUAG